AUGCAAAAAUGUCGGGAACUUAGCAGGCUACCUCCAGCUAGAAAACUCAAGUCCUUGAACUUCAAGCACACCACACCUGGAUCUAUUGGAGUCCUGUUCGGAGCUGGAGUAGGAUUUUAUGUGGGCCCCCUCGAUCCCACUCAUCCCGCAGCUCAACUGCGUCAGUAUGCUUUGCACAAGCUCCUUCCGCAAGUAAAAACUGGCAGCUUUACCCUCCGCGCAAUACCUCAAGCCGCCUUGAACCGUGUGGCAAUCCCAUGGCCCAGCCCACCAUUCAGUCCCGCUCCUGAAAAAUGGCCCAACGAUUCGAGGCUGAACGUCUCUAUAAUGAAGAUUGUGAGCAAGAGUGUGAGCAAAUCAGCUUGCGUCCGUUCGAAGAUCGGGCUCCGCAUCAAGACAGCUUUGUCGUUGAUUGUGACGCGGGGCGCGGAUGUCGAGCGGGAUGUGGGAGGAGUUGAACGCAUAGUCUUCAAAGAAGAAGAUGUUGGCGCAACCUGGCUGCUCUCAUCGUGGUCAUAUAUUGUUCAGCCUACACUUGAAGUCUAUCGCAUGCCGUACGAAAAGCUCAUUCCCUCUCUCCGCGUUGCCCUGAGCGCUGUCAAACACAAAGCUGACAAGCUGGAUGCGUCUGAGUGGAGUCAAGCUCAAGAUCCACGCAUGAAGCGUUCGCCCAACUCGGCUGUUCAUCGUUCAUCCCUUGCCCCAUCUCGAGGAAAGGAUAAACGCAGCGAGAAUCAGGAACCGGAUUGCGGGCAGCACCCAUCCGUUCGAACAACCCCUCUUGAGAUCUAUGCUCCGGCAAGCCAGACGGAGGAAAUGGAAGCUCAGAGUCAUUGGAUUAGCCAGUUGUUAUCAUCUGCUGGCCAGCAAACCGAAUCCGUCUAUGACGUUGAUACACUAGACGUAGGAGCUCAGGAUGAUGUGAAACUAGAUCUUGAGGCAGCCCUGCCCGACGAGGUAACUGAACCGAGACCUGUCUGGCUUUCCUCUGCUAGUGCACAAUUUCCCGGGGCAAAACCUCAUUCUUUCCGAUCAUUACUGGCCUCGCUAAGAGAUGAAUCUUCCCCGGAACAAACAGAGCUGACGGGUGUUGGUGCUACGCAGGCAACCGAUGUGCCAGGAAGGAUGAGAAUGCCUUCGGUGCCGUCUUCACCCAUAUACUUCCCAUCUCAAUUUAAUCAUAACCCUCGCAAGCAAAAGGGCUUGUCUGAUUCUGUCAACACCACCUCGAGGAAAGAUAUUUCUUCGCGUCUUUUUCAAAAUAAACCUGUCCUUUUCAAUAAGAAGCUCAAAACUGUCUCCAAAAACACGAACGAAGGCAAAUGUUCGAAGGAAUGA